AUGCUCCCAGGAAGGAGGAAAAUACCAGGGAUCGUCUUUUUAGGACUCCCUAUCUCUCUCCUCCUCACCAUACUCUGGCACAACGACGGCGCCCUCCCCUCAAUCUCAUCAACCUCAUCUACACUCCCGCCAAAACCAAUAGUUUGGGAGACGGAACAAGACAAGGCAUACUUCUGGAAGACGGUGAAAGUCAACCACCCGGCGCCCGAACCCCUCCAGCAGCUCCCCAUUGCGCCCUCCGUCCGCUUCCCCCAGGUCCAGGCCCAUUUUUCGCCCGAGACAGGCACUCAGCGCCGCAUCCGCGAGGAGCGCCAGCAAAUCGUUAAAAAGGCCUUCUCGAAAGCAUGGAGGUCGUACCAAAAACACGCCUGGCUCUCCGACGAACUCACUCCUGUCUCCGGGAGUCGGCGGAACACGUUUGGCGGCUGGGCCGCGACCCUGGUAGACUCACUCGAUACGCUCUGGAUCAUGGGCAUGAAGGACGAGUUCUCUGAUGCCGUGGUAGCCGCUGUGACCAUCGACUUUACAAAGACGGACCAGGAAGAGAUCAACGUCUUCGAGACGAACAUCCGGUAUCUCGGUGGCUUCCUCUCAGCCUUUGACCUCAGCGGAGACGUCCGUUUGCUGCGCAAGGCAGCGGAAGUCGGCGAGAUGCUGUAUAAGGCCUUUGACACACCAAACCGCAUGCCAAUCACCCGCUGGAAGGUCGGCGACGCUACAAAGGGCCGCCCGCAAAAGCCCGGAAGCGGCGAGCUUGUUGCAGAGAUCGGAAGCCUUUCCAUGGAGUUUACCCGUCUCUCCAUCCUCACUGGCGACGCCAAAUGGUGGGAUGCAACGCAGCGCAUUAUGGAGGUUUUCGAGAGGCAGCAAAACAAGACUAACCUACCUGGUCUGUGGCCGCUCGUUGUCAACCCGGAGACAGAAAUAUUCUACGAGGGCGAUGACUUCACGCUUGGCGCCAUGGCUGAUUCGCUAUACGAGUACCUUCCAAAGAUGUCUGCUCUCAUCGGCGGCCGCAGCCCGAUGUACAAGACCAUGUACGAGAUGGCGAUUUCACCGGCCAUCGAGCACAACCUUUUCCGCCCCAUGACGCCUGGCGGCGACGACAUCCUCGUCGUGGGUCAAGCGCACUCGCGGGAAUCAACCUUUGGGACCAGGCACAUCGAGCUGGAACCGCAGGGCCAGCACCUCGUCUGCUUCGUCGGCGGACUCAUGGCCCUAGGCGGCAAGCUCUUCAACCACCCGGACCAGGUCUCCCGCGCGCGCAAGCUCGUCGACGGGUGCAUCUACACGUACCGAGCCUUCCCGCACGGAAUCAUGCCCGAGACGUUCUACAUGGUGCCCUGCCCGUCCAAAGAAAAGUGCGACUGGGACGAGGGCCUGUGGAAGAAGCACGUCCUGCAGCGCGCGCAGAAGAACGCGGACGACGACGAGGAGCGCUCCGCCGACGAGAUCAUCCGCGAGGAACGGCUCGUCAAGGGGUUCUCGGCCGUGCCGGACAGGAGAUACAUCCUCCGCCCCGAGGCGAUCGAGAGCGUGUUCGUGAUGUACCGCGCAACGGCGGACGCGACGCUGCUCGAGUCCGCGUGGGACAUGUGGACGGCCAUUGACAACGUGACGAGCACGGAGCUGGCCAACACGGCGGUAUGGGACGUCACGGCCAAGAAGCCGCCGACGGCGGACUCGAUGGAGUCUUUCUGGAUGGGGGAGACGCUCAAGUACUUCUAUCUCAUCUUUAGCGAGCCCGGGUUGGUGAGUCUGGACGAGUUUGUGUUCAAUACUGAGGCGCACCCCUUUAGACGGUGGAAGUAG